AGAACCAUGUUUGCAUAUAUGAUGAGAAUACUCGCCGUUUUCCUUUUCUUCUCCCAAGUCAACAAGUGUAAAGCGCGGGAUCAUGGCAAUCCACUACCCACUCUCGCAGCACAGCUACUUCAACGCAAUGUAACGCAAUUCGAUAAACGAGCCGUUGUGCAGACAGAAAUGUCUACUUGCGGAUACGAAAACGGGGAUCCCAAAAAAAUCCGCACCGCCAAUCCUGGGUUUGACUGUCGAGUUGACACCAUGAAUGGCCUCUGGGGGUUCUGUCCUGUCACUGUUAUAGCAGCUACUGACUGCGGCUUGGCUGGAAGCUGUGUCGACCAUGGAUCGUGCUCGAGUGGGUGUGGAAAAACUGCCAAUACCAAGUUGACUACAUUUACUUGUGGGCCAAAGCAAUUCUGCUCCACCGCCCUCUUGACUUUUGGUGUCGACCAAACAUACUCCUAUAUUGGCUGUGGCGGGAGUCCCAGGACGGAUCAUUAUCUUAUUUCCCCUACCGCAAAUUCUGGUUCAGCCUCCGACAAAAUAUCUUCGCCAACGACACCGGCUACCACACAGAUUUCGACGAGUGCGCUUUCAUCGUCAUCAUCAUCCACUGAUGCAUCUGUUGACAAGGCAUCAGUGUCGAUAACGCCAUCAAUUGGCGUAGGGCCUGCAAAAGAAACAAAUGGCGCCAGUGACAGUACCAACAGUGAUUCAUCUCCAAACAACACUGGAGCAAUCAUCGGCGGCGUCAUUGGCGGCAUAGCUCUGCUGUGUUUUUCCGGCAUUGCUGCAAUUCUGCUAUUGAGGAGGAAUCGAUCAUAUCACCGCCAGACACAAACUAAGAGAGCGCAAAGAGAUACUCAUGAAUCUUGGUAUCAUUCGAGUCCAAAAAGCAAGCAUCGUCGCAUGGGUGGCUGGGGACCUAUAGAACUGCAAGGCUCGCAAUAUGAAAGAACCCCUGAGAAUGCGAUAGAACUACCCGGUUAAUACUCAUUAACACUAAGUUUUCAAAGGCAAAAAUUGUCAGAUUAUUAUCUAGAGCGUAAGGCAGC